AUGACAGAGCCCAUGUUCCACUGUCUGAGCUGGCUCGGACAGAUGCUGCUGCUGUUGGCAAUGGAAUCCCUGAUGAGUGUCUUCACAGCAGGACUGUGGGGCUGGGCCCUGAUGCCGCUGCAGACUGGGGUGGCCUUUUGCUUCAGCCUCAUCCUGCUCUGUCCGUCUGUUGUGGUGGAGCUCCUCCUGCUGGACAUGGGCAUGGCCGUAGCCUGUGUCUCUGUGGUCUUGAACUACUUUGUGUUAUUUGUCUGGGACCUCCACGUAAACCUGGCCCCCGGCUGGGUGUGGCCGUGUCUGGGCCUGGUGCAGCUGUUCCUGGGCCUGAUUUUCUGUAUCACGAUCAUAGUGGACAGAGUGAGCCCCUUCGGGAUUCUGCUGGGGAUGGUGGUUCCUGUGCUUCACCAGUACCUGGGUAUUCCUCUUCUGCCUCAGCUGGUCUUCUUCUUAAUGAUCCCGGUCCUGAUCCUACUCACGUUAGACUACAUAUGUUUCAUGAAGAACCACAGCUAUUGGUACAAUCAUGACCGUUUCAACCUAAUGCUGCUCUUGGAGGUCUGGAGUAGCUACUGGAUUGUCAGAGUUUUGGCCAAAGCUCUGAUCCUUCUGCAUGGCCUGCAGGGUGAGGGCUGCAGCUGGGCGGCCCUCAGUAAUGUCUUGUCUACCCUCCUGGUCUCCAGCUCUGAGUCUGUGAUCGCCGUGUUGGGAAUGAACGCAGUCAUCGCAUUUGUGGCAAUGUCUUUAGAGAAGCAUCUCUACAGUAACAUGCUUUAUUUUAAUAUUCCCCCAACUCCCUCCCCAGUCGACGUUUAUGGGGUGUUUGUCAAAGAACUCUCCGUCCUCUGGAUCCUGGGUCUGCAGUUUGGACUCUGGGACCUGGAGCCCACGCAGAGACUGGAGCGUCUCCUCCAGAACAUGUACCUACUGCUGGUCCUCGGCCUCGCUGGUGUGCACUGCUCGGUGCAUGUGGUGCUCCUGGGUUUAGGACAGAGCCAGCACCUCCUGGUCCCUGCGUUAGUCGUGUCUGGUUUGAUGCUGUACUUUCCUGUUCAUGUGAUGCUGGUGUUCUGGCAGCUCUACGAUUGGGACGUCUGGUUGCUCACGGCAACGGCCUUCAGUCUCCUCCUCGUGUUGAAGGUGCUGGUGUCCGUCUGGUUCUGGGUGUGUAGACACUUGACUCCGGAGCGACACACAUGGUUGUCCUACACUUCUGUGAUGGUGACUCUUCAGAUGGAGAUGGUCCUCGGAGCUCUGAUGGUGGCAAUGAGAGUCUACAGCCUGCUGCAGUCGAGACGUAUCAGGCACCUGCUGCUGCUGCUGCUGCACCUCUACACACACACCCUCAUCCCCGGGGUGAUCCGCUCUCACUUGGACAAGGACUUCGUGGCCGGGCGUGUGCUGAGGCUGCCCAUGGUCUUCCUCCUCAACAUUUGGGGACCGGUGUGCGCUGAGGCGUAUGAAGACCUGUCUCCACAAAAUCUGUCUGCCCAACGACUGCUGCACCUGCCCCAGAGUCUGCGGAGCCGAGCCCCCCGCGGUCGAGGAGGGGGCCGACACACUGGGGGAGGCUACAUGAGGGAGGACAGGAUGGGGAUGGGGAGAGAAGGGGAGGGAUGA